CCCAGAUUUGUGUUCGAAUGCAUUCUUGGACCCAUUGAAUGUGCCAGCCUAAGCUGCCUGCUACAUUUUGAAGUUGCUGUGAUAUAGCGGAGAGCUGGCUACGCGAGCGAACAUCACAGUGUGAUAGCUUGCUGCUACACCGGGAGAGGCGAUGAUGGCGGCGGCCGUAGAGAGAGGAGGAGUGCGGGCCGCUUUCCUGAAUCCAGGCAGCGGCGGCGGAAUUGGUGGACCAUCCCCCGCACCAAUGUCUGCUGCUCCCGGAGCCGCGGUUGGGGCAGGCGGCAUCGGGUCGAAUUCGGGUGCGUCCGAAGGUCCCAUGCCCGUGCCUAUGAACCUUUUUGCAACAUGGGAGAUAGACCGUUCUUCUCCGAGUUGUGUUCCAAGAUUGUGCAGCCUGACCCUCAAGAAGCUGAUUGUCCUCAAAGAACUGGACCGAGAGCUUAGCUCUGUGGUGAUAGCUGUCAAAAUACAGGGCUCCAAGCGUAUCCUGAGGUCUAAUGAGUAUGUCCUUCCCCCAGACGGACUAAUGGAGACCGACCUUGAACUGACCUUUUCACUCCAGUAUCCCCAUUUCCUCAAAAGGGAUGCCAAUCGAUUGCAAAUCAUGUUGCAGAGGAGGAAGCGCUACAAGAACCGCACCAUUCUUGGGUACAAGACAUUGGCUGUGGGCGUCAUCAACAUGGCGGAGGUGAUGCAGCACCCAACAGAUGGAGCCCAGAUCCUGGGUCUCCAUAGCAACGUGAAAGAGGUGCCGGUGCGCGCGGCCGAGCUCAGCGUGUAUUCCCUGUCCAGCCAGCCCAUUGACCAUGAGGACGGCAGCGGGCAGUCAGGGCCCAAGGCCAAAGCGUCAGAUCGCUCCCCGGAUAUGGACAACUAUUCAGAGGAUGACGACGACAGCUACUCCUCGGAGCAGGAAGCCAGUGAUGAUGCUGUUCAACCAGUGGACCUUUAUGAUGAAGAUGAUGAUGUACAGAGGAAGCCAAAGAAAAACCGGAGGAAAAUGAUUCGGACAACAUCCAUGACCAGGCAACCCAAUUUUAAACAGAAGUUUGUGGCCCUGUUGAAGCGAUUCAAAGUGACAGAUGAGGUUUUGGAUUCCGAUCCAGUGGACCAGACGCAGGAAGUGGAGGAAGAUCUUGACCUACUCUAUGACAGUCUUGAGGUCUACAACCAGAGUGACAGUGGUCCCGAGAUGGAGGACAACGAGAGUGUGCUCAGCACGCCUAAACCCAAACUCAAGCCCUUCUUUGAAGGAAUGUCCCAUUCAAGCUCUCAGACCGAGAUUGGGAGUCUGCACAGUCAAAAGAGCCAGGCGAGAGAGAUGUCCUGCAUUGGUGGAGAUCUGCUGUCUCCAGAUAGGGCUAAAGUCCUACUCGGGACCAAGUAUUCAGAUGACGGCGUCGGAUUAGAGUCUCCCACAGGGGAUGUGGAGGAUGAGGAAACGGGGGCUGGCACUGGCCCAGGAGAGGCCAACCCCAACCCCAUUAGCUGGGACCUGAGCACGGACAAACUGCCGGGCCCAGUUGCCAAACUCUGCAAGACUGAGUCCCAGACACUCAUGUCUCCCAGUAAAACAGAGAACAAGCUACAGAGGCGUCCUAGAAGCACGUCCAUGAAAGACCGGCAGAACUCCAAGGCCCAGAGCGACCGUACCAGCAGCAUCGACAGCGAGACAUCCCCAGAGUCCAGGAUCACUGUACAGGUCCCCAGGAAGUCAGUGUACGACCAGCUGAACCAGAUCCUAAUCUCUGACGAGCAGCUCCCUGAGAGCAUCAUUCUAAUCAAUACUACAGACUGGCAAGGCCAGUAUCUAUCUGAGAUUCUCCACGAGCACAAUCAGCCCAUCGUGUGCACCAUCUCUGGUGCAGACGUCCAAGCAGCCUUCAACACCAUCGUCACCAGAAUCCAGAGAUUCUGCAACUGCAAUGCCCAGACACCCCCCACAAUCAAAGUGGCUGUGGCCGGAGACCAGAGUUACCUCAGUACCAUUCUCAGAUGCUUCGUGGAGCAGCUGGCCAACAAGACUCCUGAUUGGCUCAGCUACAUCCGCUUCCUGGUCAUCCCUGUUGGCACUCACCCGCUGGCCAAGCACAUGUCUUCAUUCGACAGCAAGUUCAAUAACAUUUUCAUGGACGCCGGCUGGAGGGACUUGUUUGGCAGGCUGGAGGCCCCGACAUCAGACAACAUUGAUGUGGCAGGCCGUGUUUCGCAGUACCUGGCUGGGGCCAGUGUCUCCCAUCAGUGUCCCAUCUCUGAGGCCAUGCUGACCUACAAACAGAAGAGGAAGAGAAGCUUGUAUUUUGAUUUUUACAUCAGCCCUGAUGAGGACUCCUGUCAGAAGUUUGUGCCAUUUAUUGGGCUGGUUAAAGUGGGCAUCGUUGAGCACAAUCUCUCAACCUCAAUGGACUCUGAUGAUGCCAUGAUGGGGAGCAUCAACAUGCUGGCCUCCCCUCCACCCCAGCCAGGACCGCCCUAUAUGAAGGACCUAACCUGCACCCCGCCUUCUUCCCCCUCCGUCUCAGCCACCCUUGCCGGAGCUGGCUCUCCAGCGACAGGCGGGGAGGUAAUGGGGCUUCAGGUGGACUACUGGACGUGUCAUGGAGCCGACAAGAAGAAAGAGGGCGAGAAGCGUGAUGCAGGCAUAAAGAACACCCUGAAGAGCAACUUCCGCUCGCUGCAGGUGUCCCGCAUUCCCAAUGGAGGCGAGCUUACUCCCCCUCCGGGCAUGGCCAUGACCGUCGUCAUGAAGGAAAAGAACAAGAAAGUGAUAUUUUUAAGCAAGAAGCCCAAGGAAAAAGAGGUGGAUUCCAAAAGUCAGGUGAUCGAGGGCAUCAGCAGGCUAAUCUGUACUGCCAAACACCAGCAUACCAUGCUGAGAGUGUCCAUUGACGGUGUGGAGUGGAAUGAUGUCAAGUUUUUCCAGCUUGCCGCCCAGUGGCCCACUCAUGUCAAGCACUUCCCUGUUGGCAUAUUUGGCUACACCAAACCCGCCAUAUGAGCUAGUACUGCCACCUAAACCCUCACCCUAGAACAGCCUGAUGAUCUCCUAUAGAGAAGAGACUGAGGCUGGAUACCAUUUAAAAAAAAAACUCUGUUCCCUUUCUCCUUUGAACAGUCCUCAUCUCAUACUGUAGAGAGAUAUAGGCUGGAUUCCAUUCUGAAAAUAUUACUCCCUUCCUGUCCUUUUAUAUGGAAUCCCUAGGUACUAUGAGGCUAACAAUAUGGUAAUAGCUAUCACUAUUGCUAUCAUUAUGGUAAUUGCUCUGUUAUGUAAAUUGGAGAGCUUUCCAUGUUACCAAUGGUAGUGGUUAAGACUGGAAGUAAUCCACCAGAUUGGAACCCUGCCAAAGGCUGCUCUGAAUAAGCAAAAAAUUAUUUAACAUAGCCCCAAUUCCUUUUCCUGUGGAAACUGUCCAGUUACAAACCUGUGUUCCCAGUAUAAAAUGGAUGUUCUUUGUCAACGUCAGAUGUUACUGUUUUAUACACAGGCAAAAAAAGGAAGAAAAAAAGCAUUUUGUUAAAAGACUUAUGCUGCCUUUUAAGUAUUAUAGUGUAUAUUGUGGUUAGAUACUAAUAAUGGCCACCUGUAAUGGCAGCUUUGUUGGCACUUUGUUUUGUUACUAUAUUAUUAUUUCUGUGAAAUCCUAUGUGGGUCAAUGUCCUGUAUUUAAUGUUAGAGGAUUGAAGGGGUGUGUUCCGAGUGUUUGUUUCUGAGCGUGUGCCAGGAGGCAGUGUGUUUUACCAAUCUCUAGGGGAAAUGGUGGGGGGGUUGAGCGGAAUUGCUGUGAAAUUUGCAGAGCACCCCCUCUUGCUAUGUAUUUUGUUGUCUGUUUUUUAAUUGAGAAAAGUGACUUACUCAAGUUUUUUGAUACACUACUUUCUAGCUAGUAUACUUGCCUUUUUGAUUUGCAAGCACAUUGUAAGGAAACAGAAUAGGGAAAAACAGGAACAUACAGACUUGGCUCUGUACAAAGAUAGACUCUGAUGUAUCCUUAGACAAACUCAAUAAAGAAAAUCCUCUUGCCAGUUUGUGAAGAAAGCCCUUGGUCAACGUGAGGCUUUUUCAACACCAAAAGAGAGGGAAAGUAAGGAAGGGUGUAGAGGGGAGGGAUGAAAAAUAUAGAAACAAAUGCCCUGCUCUCACACAGCUGAUUAGCCUACUGUCUCCACUAAGGUCUCAGCAGCGCCGUUCAGUACUGUUUUCUCACUUUUGAGUGGAUCAGAGACAAUCUGAACUGCAAUGGCCUUGUUACGCCUCCACUAAAGUUGCUGAAAGCAUGUUCAAAAUGACAAUGUGAAAAUAAAAUCCUGUACGAGUUAAAACAGUAGUGUGAAAAAGUAGUUUCCUAAUGACGUGCUUAGUUCUAAUACUACCAGUGACUUUAAGGCGGUGUUCUUUUUAUAACAUCCUUCAUUCUGAGAAAAGAAAAACAGAAAUCCCUUUAUGAAUCUAGUGUGCCGUAUUCAACAAUGGAUGAAUUGCUGUCUACUGUCCUCUGUUUUUAUACUCUCUUUAAAGUUUAUUGAGUCCAAAAUAGCCAUGGGCUUGAUUUAUUUUUUACGGAAUUGCCAGGAUUGACUCUGGGUGCAAGCGUGUGAGGGAGUACUUCAAUGUCAGCAAUGUUGUAUUAUAUUUUAGUCCUUUUCAUUAGGGAUGUUUUCUCUUAGAUCUAAGUGAAACAACAUAAUGUGCCUCCUUAAUCAAGGUUAUGCAGAGCAUUGGGGGGAACCUGGAAGCCAAAACAAAGAUGAUUUCCUUCGUUUUGUUUUACCCCUUUACAUCUUUAGGCCUUGUAUAUUUGUUUGUGUUGUUUAGUGUGUCAUGGAUGCAUUUAUUUUGGAUGAAAUGUUGUUUUGGACAUUUUGAAGUGUGUGCGUGUCUUUCUGUGUGCGCUGAGAAGGGAUGCUUUGUAACCCCCAUUUGUCAACUUCAAACCCUUGAAAACUAUGACUUCUCUUGGGUGAUAUACUCCCUUAAAUUGUAUGUUUGUUUUCUGUUCAUCUUCACCGUGGUAGCUGCGUAAUAACAACAGUAUGUUACCGUAUAUUUUGCCCUUUUAUGGAUCGUUAACAGUCAUUUUCUCAAAAACAAACUGACUCAUCAAGAGGCAUUUAUGCCUGUAAUGUAUUACACUACAAUUUAGACAUUUUGCAGACACCUUUUCCAAAGCGACUUAUAUUAGCAAUUAAGAUUAACUGUAUUGCUCACAGAACGAAGGAUUUUUCACCUGGCCGGCUCGGGGAUUUGAUCUAGCAACCUUUUGGUUACUGAUGAGAUGCUAGGCUAUCUGCCAUCCCUAUUUCUUGAUAGGGAUGGCAGAAAUACAAUAUGCGUACAGUACCAGUUAGACGUUUGAACUUUUUACUGGUAUUAUAUAUUACUGAAACAUGCAGUUUUUUCCCACUAUUUCAUUAUACAUGCAGUAUAUAUGCAUACAUGUUCCACUACUAGACAUUUGUAUUCUAGCACUACUUUUGAGAAGUCAAGCAGCACAAACUAAUACCAAGAGCGAGGUGCUGAUGGAUAGUUAAAUAACUCCAACAUUGAGCUUUACAACUCUUUUAAGUAUAGUUAAAAGUUUGCAGAUGUUUUUGCACAAACAUUUUAAAUGAUGUGACAGACAGUAUUCUUUCUUUUUUUAAACAAACCACUAAAGAAUACAAGUAAAAUGUAUUGUUUUUAUGUAUUUCACUAUGUACGGUUUCAUAUCAGUUUUUGUCUGUUGGCUAACACGUUUGUUUAUUGAAAGAUUUUUAGUUUUAUUUACAUCUUACUCUUUAUUAAGUUUUUGUAUGGUCAUUUUAUGAUUCUAACCCUUUUUAAGAAAAGAGUUGAGCUCUUUUGUAAAGAAAAUCUGUUUGGAAAUUGGGUUUUGAAGUGUUUCAACUGUAAGUGAAAACUGCUAUUAAAGGAGUGUUGAGAGAAUUUG